GGAAAUAAUAAUACCUCUAUUACGCUUUAAUCCGUUGCUUUCCCGUCCCUCCCUUUCCUCUCCUCUCCCCUUCCUCUUCCCCUCACCUAAUAAGUCGAUCCUUCUUCUCGCUCUCGCCGGCACCCUAACCCUAGGGAUUAAAUCCUCUUUCCUUGGAAUCGGAUCGUGCGAUCGUCGAUGGGGAACACGGAGAAGCUGAUGAACCAGAUCAUGGAGCUGAAGUUCACGUCGAAGAGCCUGCAGCGGCAGGCGCGCAAGUGCGAGAAGGAGGAGAAGGCGGAGAAGCUCAAGGUGAAGAAGGCGAUCGAGAAGGGCAACAUGGAUGGCGCCCGCAUCUACGCCGAGAACUCCAUCCGCAAGCGCAACGAGCAGAUGAACUACCUCCGCCUCGCCUCCCGCCUCGACGCCGUCGUCGCCCGCCUCGACACCCAGGCCAAGAUGCAGACGAUCGGCAAGUCCAUGGGCACCAUCGUUAAGGCCCUCGACGUCUCCCUCGCCACCGGCAACCUCCAGAAGAUGUCCGAGACCAUGGACCAGUUCGAGCGCCAGUUCGUCAACAUGGAGGUCCAGGCCGAGUUCAUGGAGGGCUCCAUGGCCGGAUCCACCUCCCUCUCCACCCCGGAGACCGAGGUCAACAGCCUUAUGCAGCAGGUCGCCGACGACUACGGCCUCGAGGUUUCCGUCGGCCUCCCCCAGCCCGCCGCCCAUGCCAUCCCUGCCAAGGAGAAGGAAAGGGUCGACGAGGAUGACCUGUCCCGCCGUCUAGCCGAGCUCAAGGCCAGGGGCUAGCUCCAUCGAUUUGAUUCGAUUUUUAGUAUGCUGGACAUUUGGCACCAUACUUUUGAUGUCAGUGAUGGGAGAUGGUCUUCUAUUACAAUCUUGGUGGGAGUUACUCCUGUUCUACAUGUUCUCGGAUGCCACAUCUAUGCUCAACAUCUUUUAAGACGUGUGCUGCUUUUGUUUCUGAGUUGAAUAUCCAGAUUUUGUAAUUUUUAGGAAUUUAUGAUUGCCUUAGCUCUAAAAAUAGGACAAGCUCUCAAAAUUUCAAAAAUUUCAAUCACGUAUGACAGUUUUCCUUGUCUGUUAGUGUAAAGCUCAGUCUCGGGGUUUUACUAUAUUCUUACAUUUUAUAAUUCCUUUUGAGAGAUUCCAACAUAACCACAAUUUGAUCUUUGGGCUUAUCAUUUAGUUCUUGAAUUACAUGAGGUUCUAAACUCUCAACAUUCUCUUUGCUUUUCUAGAUUAUGAUUGAUAUAAGUAACAUGCUGCACUCAUCAAAGUGAUACUGCUUAUCUUCAAGAGAACUUUGUAUGGAUGGAUAAUAUCGACUUUUGAAUUUUUUUGUUUAUAAAUUGGGUCAUCCUUGGGCAUAGUGUGUUGCUUCCCUUAAUUAUUUAUUUAUUUUACUCUAGAUUAAUCUUACUUAGUUUUGAGCUUUCCUUCCUUCCAAGUCUUCAAUAAGAUACAUUCUCCAUCUUUUAUCCCAUUUCUCUUCCCUGAUCACCUAAUCUUGCGUUUCCCUUAUACUCUCUGUUAUACACCACAUCUCUCUACUUUGAUCUUCUGUCAGUUUGUCCCUUUCUCCUUUAUCAUUGUCCAUAUUCUCCUGUCCUUGAACGUUAUUAUGCAACUUUUAUCUGCCUUCCCUAGUUGAAUUAUGGUUGAAGGACUAGAGUUUUUUUUUUUAAUAAUCUUCAGGUCUUAGGAUCUAAGCAAAAUUUCUCCUUCUAAAUUCUCUGGAAGAGUGUUUAUAUAAUUUAGCUCUGAAGUAGAUACAGGUAGCAUUUAGAAAUUAAAGUUUUUUUGAUUAGGAGGCGUGUUUAGAAGUAGAAACGCCUGAUUUAGGAUUGCAAGUACCUAUUUGAAAUUGAUUUCGAGCCCUGCAGUCUCACAAGUUGCACUAGUUUGAUAGUUAUAUGCAUGCAAAGUUGAUUCAAAAUUUGAAGCUUGGCAAAAUGAAAGACGCAGAUUAUUUGAAGGGGUGUAUUCUAUCAUUACCCCUUUUAAUUACCUUUCUUUAGAUGUUUAAGUUUGAAGUUAAUUUCUAAAGCGUGGAUAUUGUCGUGCAAUUGCUUCAACAAAAGACAAAGUUCCCUCAAUGAGCAUCUUGUUGGCAAUAUAAACCAGUUGUGAAAGUUGAAGGAAGCAGUUGAUCUAUGGUCUGAAAAAUAGUUGAUGCGGGGUAUAACAAAUAAAUAUUGCAGUGAACAAUGCAUUUAAAGGAAAUGACAUUGGAGGAAGACUUUAUGAGAAAAGGAAGGGGAGAAUAAAAGGUGAGGGUGUAUUUUUUGUAUGAUGCAUGUCAUAUGUAUAGGCUUGGAAGGACAUUUAUGACCUUUGCAACAAUUGGACAAAUUUGACAAAAGAAAUAUACAAAAAGGAUACAGUGAAUAUGCAAAGGGGGUUCAGGCAGCAAGGUAGCAUGUACAUGAGAGAGAGUUAGGUAGCUCACUUGUAGGAUCCAUGUAAGUGCUACUUAUGAAAUUAGGGAAGCACAAAUUGUUCAAAUUUUAUUGCUAAGCCGUAGAUAUCAGACUCACUUUUUUUUUUUUU